UGUGCUUACAGGGAGGCGUAAAUCGAAACCAGUGUUUUGUUGAUACUCCAUUGUAGUCGCAGUAGUCGAGUGCGCGUACAAUACCGGAAGGAGAAUCAGAUAUAUAAAAUCGACAUACAACUCUACGUAGUUUUUCAAGCCGGGUGUGUAAAAAGUGACCGGUUUUCGUAAAUAUAUAUACAAAAAAAAGUGUGAAGCAAACAUAUUCGAUAUUUUUUAUCACCUGUUUUAUUCAUAAGAUCGAAAACCUCGAAAAAUAUGAACGGAAUAGUAGAAAGUCACACGAACGGAUCGGGCGAUCUUAACGGAUGCGGCGAUAUAAUUACGCAAAACCAACAGAAAGGUUGUUGGACUAUCGGUCUCAUAAAUUCCAAGUGUCGGUACUUAACGGCCGAAACGUUCGGUUUCAAAAUCAACAGCAACGGUACUUCGCUCAAAAAGAAACAGAUAUGGACUUUGGAGCCCGAUACAUCCGGCGCUGGAGACAGUUUGAUAUACUUAAAAUCGCACUUGGGGAAAUAUUUAGCAGUAGAUUCAUUCGGUAACGUCACUUGUGAAAGCGAAGAAAAAGAACCGGGUUGUAAGUUACAAAUAAGCGUAGCCGAAGACGGUACCGGUAGAUGGGCCCUCCGCAACGUCGUACGAGGAUACUUUUUGGGUGCUUCCGCCGAUAAAUUAACCUGUACGGCUAAAGUACCGGGUGACGCGGAAUUUUGGCACGUACAUUUGGCGGCUAGACCCCAAAUGAAUUUGAGAUCGGUCGGUAGGAAACGUUUUGCUCACUUAUCGGAGAACCUCGACGAAAUUUACGUCGACGCUAACGUUCCUUGGGGCGAAGACACGCUUUUCACCCUCGAAUUCAGAUUGGAGGAAUCCGGAAAAUACGCCAUUCACACUUGCAACAAUAAAUAUCUUUCCAUGAAUGGUAAAUUAGUGGAUAGUUGUAAUAAAGACUGUCUCUUCACUGCCGAAUACCACAGUGGCCAAUUAGCUUUAAGAGACCGCAACGGUCAAUAUUUGAGUCCCAUCGGUUCGAAAGCUGUGUUGAAAACUCGUUCCAAUACGGUUACCAAAGACGAACUCUUCUCUUUGGAAGAUUCACUUCCUCAAGCCAGUUUCGUAGCCGCCUUGAAUACCAGAUUCGUUUCCGUUAAACAAGGUGUAGAUGUAACUGCUAACCAAGAAGAAAUAUCAGAUCACGAAACCUUCCAAUUGGAAUUCGAUUGGAAUACCAAGAGAUGGUACAUCCGUACAAUGCAAGAUAAGUAUUGGACCCUCGAAACCGGAGGGGGUAUUCAAGCUUGCGGUGACAAAAGAUCAUCUAACGCCUUAUUCGACCUCUCCUGGCAAACCGACGGAUCCGUAGCGUUCAGAGCUAAUAACGGACGUUACGUCAUUACCAAACGUUCCGGUCACUUUUACGCUACCUCAGACACUAUCGACGACACCUGCAGAUACUUCUUCUAUCUCGUCAACAGACCCAUUUUGGUAUUAAAAUGUGAACAAGGCUUCGUGGGAUAUAAAUCGACAACGAAUCCUAAAUUGGAGUGCAAUAAGGCUACUUACGAGACCAUACAAGUCGAGAGGGGAGAAAAGGGAAUUGUUUAUUUCAAAACUCACGAAGGAAAAUACUGGCAUGCUGAUAGUGAAAGUGUAACCGCCGAUUCAGAUACACCGGAGGGUUUCUAUUUAGAAUUGAGAGAACCUACACGUCUGUGUAUCAAAACUUCGACUGGUAAUUACUUAACGGCGAGCAAAAACGGAUGUUUCCGUAUAGGUGACAGCAAUAUCGAAAGUGCUACACAAUGGGAAUACUAAGAUUAUUCUCAAUUAACUACUAUUUGUUUAAUUAUUAAUAAUAUUUAUUUUUGCUAGAUUUUAAUUAUGUAUUUAGUGCUGUGGAGUGAAAAUUUUUAAAAUAUUAUACGAGCAAAUACUUAAUUUCGAAACAACUGUGUUCAAAAUAUCAUUUUAUUUCUUUUUACGUUUUUUUUUUAUUGUCUACGUUUAUUUAUAUGGAAAUUAUUUUUUUAUAAUACAAAACAACACUAGCCAAAAUAAAAAAACGAGUAAACUGCCAAAAUAUACUAACAUUUUGUAUGUAUAUAUAAAUAUCUUGAUAAUAUACGAGUCCUACUUGAUAAAUUAAUUAUUUCAAAUUUACAGGUAUGUAUAUUAUAUACGAGGAGAGAAUGUAACUGAUUCUGACUCACCCUGUAAACAGAAAUGUGUUUUCUGUAUUAAUUGAUAUGAUUUUAGUUAUUUUAGUAUUUUUGGUCAUAAAAAAAUUGAUAUUUUCGAUAUGUUUUUUAUCAUUUUGUUAAUUUUUUGGGGUAUAUAACAUAAAAAUGUUAGAAAACCUAAAUUUUGACACUUUUUUUGUUAGUGAAGAACCCAAAAACUAUAAAUUCCCUGAUUUGUCCCCAAAAACUGUACUUCAAAUUUGUUUUUAGGAAAGUACGUACAAAAAUGGAUAAUUUAGAAAAACCUAACCUAACUUUAUUUGGAAAUGAGGUAUGCCCUAUUGUUAGUCAUAAAAAAUUGAUAAUUUCCAAAUUUUUUAUCCAUUUUGUUCAUAUUUUGGUGCAAUGAACAUAAAAAUGUUUGAAAACCAAAAUUUUGAUACUUUUUUUGUUAGUGAAGAACCCAAAAACUAUAAAUUCCCUGAUUUCUCCCCAAAAACUUGUACUUCAAUUUUUUUCUCGGAAAGUACGUACAAAAAUGGAUAAUUUAGAAAAACCUAACCUAACUUUAUUUGGAAAUGAGUUAUGCCCUAUGGUUAGUCAUAAAAAAUUGAUAAUUUCCAAAUUUUUUUAUCCAUUUUGUUCAUAUUUUGGUGCAAUGAACAUAAAAAUGUUUGAAACCCAAAAUUUUGAUACUUUUUUUGUUAAUGAAAAACCCAAAAAUCCUAAAUUUCCUGAUUUGUCUCCAAAAACCGUACUUCUAAUUUUUUUUUCGGAAAGUACGUACAAACCUAACCUAACUUUAUUUGGAAAUGAGGUUUACUCUAUUUUUAGCUAUAAAAAAUUAAUAUGUUUCAGUUUAGUUCAGAUUUUUUUUUAAAUUCUUCAUUUUUAUACGUACUUUCUGAGAAAAACUACAUUUUUCGAAAAAAAAAAUUCAAGUGAAGUUUUCGCAGAGAAAAUAAUUGAAAAUUUUUUUUUCCAUUUUUCAUGUCUUGAAAUAGGACCCAAUAGGACACCACCUUAAAAGUUUUAAAUAUACAGAGCAUUUUUUAUUUAUAAUAAAUAAUAAUUUAUAUUUUGCUAGUUUUUAGUGCAAACUAUCUAAAUUAUGGUGUAUCCUUUUCAAAUUCAUGUAAUUAUACUAAAAAGAAUUGUCAAUUUAACAAAUUGAUCGUUUAUCGAAAUGAAAAUCAUCUAGAGGUAAAAUCGUGAAAUCAAUGUCUUUAUUACCAGUUGUUGCAUUUAUUAUUUAACAUGUAGGCUCAAAAAAAUAUAUUUAAAAAAAAACGUUUAUUUUUUACAUAUCCCUUAGGUGUUAAGGAGCUUUUUGCAAUUUUUUAUAGUCCUGUUGUCUUUUUAUAGCUUUUCCAGCGACGUUUAUAUUUAUAUAUGUACGGGUCCGAAUACAAUGGAUACUUUUUUUGUAUGAUGAAUGUAUAAUCUCUAAAUAUAUAUCUGUCUGUA